AUGGAGAACGGCCCGCAGGCAUUCGGCGGCAAACCGUGCGCACUGGCCACGCCAACCGGCUCAGCCAGCUACUCCACCACUCGGGCAGCUGCCGGCAGCGGGUUCAUGCAGGUACCAGGGCCGGCGGUGGACCGCGGGCCGUCGACCCCAACCUCCCACCUCCACCAUCCGCCGGCCCCAGGGCCAGGAGGCUUCGCCUACGUCAACACUCGCGCCGACUGUCGGUUCGUCCAGCCGGGGGCUGCUUCGGCGCCGUCCACCUACGACGAACAGUACAAAAGUUACCGGUCGGCGUCAGCGCUCUCCUUUAACAGCAUGGAGCUGUCGGCGGGACACGAAGCGGGUCAUCAUCGGAUGGACUUUGGGGGGCCUAUGAGGUAUUCAGGCUCCAUGGGCGGUGCAACUGCAGCAGCUGUCAUGUAUGGCGCUGCAGCGAGCAAUCACCAGGCUACACAACAGCAUCUCUCGUGUCUCAACUAUCCAAGCUGUGCUAAUCCUACGGGCUAUCCCUUUGGUAUCUCUGGCCCGCCACCCGGCUGGAUGUUCACGCUAGCCGCCCUCCCCAGGCGCACCAAGCGUCGCCCCUACUCCAAGAUGACCAUUUUCGAGCUGGAGAAGGAGUUCCAGGCUCACCAAUACCUGACCAGGGACAGGAGAGCUAGACUAGCCCAGUCCCUCAGCUUGACCGAGCGCCAGGUCAAGAUCUGGUUUCAGAACCGCCGGAUGAAACAGAAGAAGGUGAACGAGAAGGAGAAAAGCAAGGGGUCCGGGAAAGCCGAGAGGAAAAACGAUUAA